AUGAAUACACCCUCGCCUUCCGGUCGUUCAGCUGCCGUCCAAUGGGCCGUCGUCGCUGUCUGUCUAUUGCUCUUCGCAACAUACCAAGGCAUAGACCUUCGCUCGAAACUGGGCCUCCUCGAAACACUGCACUUCACAGAACACCCAGAGACCGUCCCGUACAGUUACAAGGGCAAGGACCAUCCGUCCGAACUUCCAUUCCGCGUUCCACAAGCCGCGAUGAAUACCGAGUGGCCUGACGACCAGCUCUACGGGCUCCAUGAGGACGACGAAUGGGAGUCGCUAUUCCCGCGCGGCAACGGUUGGCUGACAUUGGGUCCUGACGAUACGAUGUGGGUCUUGAGCAUGUACCACCAGAUGCACUGUUUGACUGUGUUGCGGCAUGCGUAUGUAGCGGCCAAAAGCGGUACGCUCGUAUAUACGCCAGGUGGUAACGGGACCGGCGUAGAGCACCACACAAAUCACUGCCUCACCUACCUGCGUGAGUUCAUCCUUUGCCACGCAGACACCACGCUAGAGGAGUCGUACUUGGUUGUUCACGAUGACGGCUUCAGGGAACACGGAGCGACUGGAAUGGACAUGAUCCAUCGCUGCCGAGAUUGGACGAAGGUUCGGGAUUAUCUUGACGACAAUUUCGCGGAGCGGCUAGCUAAGGGGAUCGUGAACGAAGACGGAGUUGAGCUCUUCCCUGAUACCGAGUAG